CGUUUUUCUCUCUUCCUUUUCAUGUUUGCCUUUUCGAACAGUUUCUUAUAUCUGCACCGGAAAAAUAACGAUCUCUGCUAACAAUGGAGAUUUCUUAUUGGAUCUUUGUUUUUUCGAUUCUUCUCCUCUUUUUGGGGCCUGGGUCUUCGUCAAUUGACAACUUUCACCAACCGUUUCCUAUCGUGGAGCCUGAUCCUGGUCAUACGAAGCUUCAACUUUCACAGGAAGGCUUGGAAGCCAUCAGCAGAAUAACUGCCCCAAUUUCAGCAGUCGCUGUCAUUGGUCCCUACCGUUCUGGAAAAUCAUUUCUGCUAAAUCAACUUCUUUCACUGUCUUGUGAUGAAGGAUUUGGUGUUGGCCACAUGCGUGACACAAAAACAAAGGGGAUUUGGGUUUGGGGAACCCCACUAGAAAUGGAUAUUGAUGGAGUUCGGACUUCUGUUUUUUACCUUGACACCGAGGGUUUUGAAAGUGUUGGGAAGUCAAAUGUGUAUGACGAUAGGAUUUUUGCAUUGGCAACUGUUAUGAGCUCUGUGCUAAUUUAUAACCUGCCUGAGACGAUUCGUGAAGCUGAUAUAUCCAGACUUUCAUUUGCUGUUGAGCUUGCUGAAGAAUUUUAUGGAAGAGUGAAGGGUCAAGACAUUGCUUUUGAACCUGCAAAACUUUUGUGGCUUAUCCAGCGUGAUUUUCUGCAAGGAAAAUCAGUGAAAGAAAUGGUGGAUGAGGCACUUAGACAUGUCCCUAAUACUGAUGGGGACAAAAAUAUUGAUCAGGUUAACCAGAUUCGGGACUCCUUAGCUGUCAUGGGGGAUAACAGCACGGCUUUUAGCUUACCACAACCUCAUCUCAUGCGAACAAAGCUUUGUGAACUGAAGGAUGACGACCUUGAUCCCAUGUAUGUUAAGAAAAGAGAUCAACUGAAAGAACUUGUAGCUAGUAUUAUACGCCCAAAGAUUGUGCAGGGCAAGCAUUUAAAUGGAAAGGAAUUUGUUGCAUUCCUCGAGCAGAUACUUGAUGCUUUGAAUAAAGGGGAGAUCCCAUCAACGGGCUCUCUUGUAGAGGUUUUCAAUAAAGGUAUUAUCGAGCGGUGUUUGAAGCUGUACAAUGAAAAGAUGGCAAAAUUAGGUUUACCUAUGCCGGAGCAAUCCUUACAAGAUGUCCAUGAAAGAUCCCGAGAGAAAGCAAUGAAUGCUUUUGAUGAACAGCAUUUUGGCCGUCACCAUGCGAAGCAAUCUGCUGAGCAACUAGAUGAAGAAAUGAAGGAGGCUUAUAAAAAUGUCCGUAUGAUGAAUGAAUAUCAGUCCACGAGGCUCUGUGAAGAACUAUAUACCCGAUGCGAGGACACAAUGGACCAGCUUCAAGUUCUUAGACUUCCUUCUAUGGCAAAAUUUAGUGCAGGUUUCCAGCAAUGUAAUGAAAGCUUUGACCAGGAGUGUGUCGGACCUUCAAAAGUAAAUUACGAGCAAAGGAUGAUGAAGAUGAUGGGAAAGGCACGUUCUUUGUUUAUCAAGGAAUAUAAUCAAAGGCUCUUCAACUGGUUGGUGGCCUUCUCCCUUGUCAUGGUGGUGGUCGGUCGGUUCAUCAUAAAAUUCAUAUUGGUUGAAAUGGCAGCUUGGGUACUUUUUAUCUUCCUAGAGACAUAUACGAGGAUGUUCUGGUCGCCGGAGGCUCUUUACUACAACCCCGUGUGGCACGUUAUCGUAGCCACUUGGGAAACCAUUGUUUAUAGCCCAAUCCUUGAUUUGGACAGAUGGGCCAUUCCCAUUGCUUGUAUGAUAGCAUUAGGGAUACUAUACUGCCGGUGUUACCUGGGAAGAAGGAAACACGGGUCGUUGUCGUCCUGGCUUUUACCUUUGUACAACAACCAUCAGAAAAGUGGUUCAAACAGAGCAAGAUCGGAUUAACCAAGAAUCAACCGUGCCAUUUGGUUUGGUUCCUUUAUCUGAUCUAAGAUUAUUCGAGUCUAAGGCGGGACUGAAUGAGAAGAUGGUGAGCCAGGAAGGGAGCCAAACUUUAUAGUAUCUUUUUACUGUACCAUUCUUAACACAAAAUCAUCUGUAUUAUCAUAUAUAUCAUUUGAUUUGUUUCGAAUAACAAUUAUUUAACAGCUUCAGUUCCCCCGCUCAUUUACGAAUAUCAUUUAGAAUUUAAGUAUAAUUUAAGGAAGUAUAGUACAAUUAA